AUGUCCCACGAAUCCGUCUGGUACUCGCGCCCCCGCACAUACGGUAAAGGAUCAAUCGGCUGUGUCGUCACGGGCUCGAGGAAGAAAUCCGGCAUCAUCCGCAAAUACGGGCUCAACAUGAGUCGACAGGCUUUUCGGGAGAAGGCGCAGGAUAUUGGGUUUGUCAAGUAUCGAUGA